GAGGUCAAAACAAACAGAAGAAGUAGCAUCAUCAUCAAACCAUAUAAAACCAUAAUCGCCAUCAUCAUCAUCAUCAAACUAUAUAAGGAUUCCACUGAAGACAUAGUCAUCACUGUCAAAUCAAAGCUGAAUGAACACAAACUCAUCCACUAAGAAAAAGUUUGGGUUUCAGAAAAAAAGUCUCUUUGUUAUGGUAACAAGAACAUUACAACAAUAUUAAAAGAAAACAAAAAAUCGGAAAUAAACGUCAACUCGAGGUGCAAGGUCAAGGUCAGGAGGUUUCAUUCCUACUCGCUCAUGAACAUCAUCCUCCCCCCCAGAACAGAGUUUUAGUGAAGUGAACAUCACGAUUACACCCGUACAAGUCGACACUAAAACAAUGGACGUCGCUCAGUUCCUGCACUACCUUCUGACCGGAUCGCUGUUGCUACUUCCGGGAGCGUACCACGCAGCUGAACAGCGGCGAUCUGCGCAGGCCUUCCAUUGUAAUUACUUCCUCAUGUCCAUGACCUUCGGUUCCCUUCUCUCCUUCCUCUUCAGUGUUACUGCGAUGGUAGUGGUUGUAACUAGUGGCCAUGGCGUCAAUGUGUGCCCGUGCUACGUGAAAUGUGACACACUGGUUCUUGUCUGCAUGGUGGCUGGUGUUGCAUUGUAUAAUAUGACAAGAGGUUAUGCAAAGACAUUAACCGUUCCUGAAAUCGUUUUCAGUGGUAAUUGGCGGGCUGUUGUGUUGUGGGCUUUCUUUGCCAUUGGAGUCCAAAUGCUUUUACAGAGUCCCCACGAGGCGGGGGUUACCUGUGUUUCCCAGUCUGUGGUCAGUUUGCCGUAUGACUCGCAUAUCUACAUACCGAUGUUCUCAGGAAGACAAGACUCCACUACUCUGGUGGUACUCAACGCAUUGCUGUAUGUUCCGCCGUCACUUGUCAUCCUUGGCUGUGGUAUCAGACACCCGCGUAGUGACCCACACACUUCAGAUGCGCUGCUCAGCGGACAGAACGCAUGUCCAAUCUGCCAAAACACUUUGACAAUACUUCACAAUCCGACUUGGAGAUAUUUCUUUGUUUUCCUACUUUGUAUAUUCAGACCGAUCUUGUUGCUAAACAACUGGUUCCGUCACCAUGACUACACGGAGAUGGCACCGGCGGUACUUAUCAUGUGGUUGUUCUAUCCAAUCAACCUCGUACAUGCCAUCAACUCUUUCAAUUUUCGCAACUUCAGUUGGGCGACUUCGGCCCAAAUAUACCAUGUUUAA